AUGCAAUCCCAAAAGGAAAAUUCGACAGUCUGGCAUGGUCAAGAUGGGAAGAACACCAGCAGCAAAAAACAGCUUCGUAAUGAUACUGAUCACAAUGGUGAAGAAAAUGUUGAAGGAAGUCACACCAAGAAAGAUAACAGUCAAAAAGAACAUAAAGUACCAACACUAAUAAGUGUAUGCCUUAAAACAAUUAACAGUGAGAUACGACGAUUGCCAGACGAAAUUGAUAAGGCUAUUGCAAACAUUACAUGGGAUAUGAAGAAAAAGCUACCGAAAGAAAAUGGUACAAAGGCUGAUAUGAACACGUACUCAGGUACUCGGGUUACAAUUCAAAAGUGGGAGACUGUAAAGGACCCUAAAACUUUCAUACUUUCACGUCCUAAUAAUGCCAAUACCAAUGCCAACAGUUAUUCUUGUAAAGUAAAAAUAUUGGAUAAUGUAGUCGUCAGCUCAACAAUAAAUAAAAGCAAAGAAGAAGAACGAGUUUCAUUCGAAGAGCUACUAUUAAAAACUAUUUCACGUAACGACAUACCUAAAACUUUAAAGAAACUGAUAAGUCAAGGAAGCGAAAUACUAACUUACAAAGAUGCACUUCAUCAUCUGAAAAAUGAGAAAGAAAAAAAGGAAAAAGCAGAAGAAACUAAACGGCUAAAAAUCUGA